CGCAUGUUAAUGACGUAAUGUUUUGCUCCCGUAGGAAGACCUCCAUUGUUUCGAUCCUGCAGAUAUUCCAGAGCGUAUUGUAAUUUAUUGCACCGUGAUGAAUAAGAACAAAGGUAGUGGUGUGUCCUGGGUGAAACCAGCGGAACCUUCCUUUUUGAAGAAGUUUAAAAAUGAUGUUGGCUACAAAGAAGGCCCGACUGUUGACACGAAGCGUCAGGAGAUGCCCAAACUGGAUGAUGACAGUGGGAGUGAUCGGGAAGAUGAAUUACCUCAAGUUGUUGUUCUUAAAGAUGGAGACCUGAACUCCGACGAAGUUAAACAUUUAAAGGAAAAGGAAGGAAUAAAACCUAACGGAGAUUCAGAGAAAAGUGACGAGCCUCGCUCCGAUGGUAAAAUCCUCUUCAAGAAACCAGCUAAGCGCUCAUCCUCUGACAAAUUCCAAGGAAUCACUGCUAGUUCCAGCAAAAAGAAGCGGGACGUUGUAGAGAAAGAAGAAAAGAAGGAAGUAGAUUCUGUGAAAAAAGUGAACAACAGCAGCCUUUUGUCCUUUGGUGGCGAUGAGGAGGAGGAAGACUAGUACUGGACUCACUUUUGAUUCUCGUUUAAUCAAACGUUACAAAAUUAAAAAUGAGUGUUUUCCAUACCAGGUAGUGCAUAAAAGGACUUUUAUUUUUGAAUUGAUGUCGUGACAGUGCUUGUUUUGUGUUUAGCCCAACUGUAAAUCGUCUAAUCGUUUUCUUCCAUUAAGUUUUAAUUCCACUAAAUUGGGAAAGCCGUUUCCUGCUCGAGUCUCAAGACAAUGCUCUCGGGGACAGUGUAGUUCAAACUUUAACACCAGUUUAUACUGUGUACGGCUGGAAUAUUUCAAUGUGUUGUAAUUUUCAAAUUUCAAACAAAUAUUUUAACGUGGUUAUUUUAAUUAGGUCACUUAUGGAUAUGCAUUAAAUGUUACUAUGAAGAUGAACACUUUUGCCAAACACUGAUAUGACUUAAAAUCACAAGUGAAUAAGACAUGGAAAAAUAUCAGCAAUAUAUGUACUAAAUUCACAAGUUUGAAUUUAGCGUUCAGCGUUUUUACUCGUUUUGAUGUAAGUCUUGCCAAGAAAAGAAAUAAUGCAUCAUUUGUGUUGAUGUAACGUACUGGAAUUGUAUUAUGUUCUUACUGUUAGUUCUGAACACAUUUGAAUAUCACAUAAAAGUAAGCCCAUUAGAAUUGUUCGGUAACUCCAAUUCUGCAUGUAGGUCUGUGUUUGUUUUACAUGGUAAUCUUGCAUGGUAGAAUUUUAAUACAUUCAAUUAUGGGUUGAGUGUAUAAAUAUUUUCUAGCUUCAGAGGGGAGCUGUAAAUCUAUCAUUGCAUUAGUUUUAAUGCAUUUGUAUAUUUUUAAGUAUCAUCUAAGCAUUAAAUACUAUUUCAAUUGA